AACAGGUCAGGAGCACAUGCCACCAUCUUCUUAUCCCACCCCUGGGCUGUCCUCCCUCCAUCUCUGCCCAUGUGAAGAAGCUGCCUCAAGCACUAAGACUUCAGAGAUAGGACAGUGGCUGCCACCUCCAGAAGGUCACCUGUCUGCUGCCAUCCCCACCUCCCCUGAGAUCUGGUCAUCUCUGUGGGGUUUCCCCAGGGGCAGUGUCAGCAGAGAGCAUUAUUUGUUGAUGGUCCCUCACUAGUGACAAAACAGGCUGACCCCAAACACAGACAGGGAAAAGGAAGCCAGGACCUGAGGCACAACACAAGCAGCCCAGGGGUAUAAAUGCUGCCACCAGACACCUCACACACACACACAAACACACACACAUACAUACACACUCACUCUCUCACAAACUCACCCUCCUCCAGCCAACCCCGCCAUGGCCGCCUCCACCAUGUCUGUCUGCUCUGACGCCCUCACCAACUCCUCCUGGCAGGUGGAUGACUGCCCAGAGAGCUGCUGUGAGCCUACCUGCUGUGCCCCCAGCUGCUGCCAGCCCAGCUGUUGUGUGCCCAGCUGCUGUGUGCCCAGCUGCUGCCAGUCCAGCUGCUGUGUGCCCAGCUAUUGUGUGCCCAACUGCUGCCAGUCCAGCUGCUGUGUGCCCAGCUGUUGUGUGCCCAGCUGCUGCCAGUCCAGCUGCUGUGUCCCUAGCUGCUGUCAGUCCAGCUGUUGUGCCCCCAGCUGCUGUGCCCCAGCCUCCUGCCUGACCCUAAUCUGCACCCCAGUGAGCUGUGUGUCCAGCCCCUGCUGCCAAUCUGUCUGCUGCACACCCUCAUGCUGCCAGCCAUCCUGCUGCGUGCCUGUCUGCUGCAAGCCUGUCUGCUGCAUACCCAUCUGCUCGGGAUCCUCCUCAUGCUGCCAGCAGUCUAGCUGCCAGCCCUCAUGCUGUCAAUCUUCCUGCUGUGUGCCUGUCUGCUGCAAGCCUGUCUGCUGCAAGCCCUGCUCCAGUGUGUCCCUGCUCUGCCGCCCUGUGUGCAGACCUGCCUGCUGUGUGCCCACCUCCUCCUGCUGUGCCUCCUCCUGCCAGCCCAGCUGCUGCAAGCCCUGCUCCAGUGUGUCCCUGCUCUGCCGCCCUGCCUGCUCCCGCCAGGCCUGCUGUGGCCUCUCCUCAUGCCAGAAGUCCAGCUGCUGCUGACCUGUCCCAUGCUUCAGAGUCCCACAGUGCAGGUCUGAUACUCUCACAGUUGUGAUCCCAGCUGUCCUGCUCCCCACAACUGCGCUCAGCCUCCUACCCUCCUCUCUGUCCUCAGCCCCCAGUGUCCUCUGUAUUGCUUAUUCCCACACUUUUCAUCUGCCUCGAUGGUGGCUACCAUCCCAUGACCAGUUGAUGACCUGUGAGUCCUGAAAACCUUCUAAGGCCUCCCAGGAGUAUCUGGCCCCCCAUGGGGGCAGGUGUGUGUGGUACAAGUCAGUCUCUCUGGUACCCUGGCCCCAAGCUGCAUCCAGUGUUGGCCUUCCACUGACUGUCUGGUUGUCUUGUUUCUAUUUGUGUGGCUCUUUUGAAGCAGUCAUUACCCAAUAGGCUUCAGGGAGACACUUUGUGGCUACUGGACACCUGACCUAUUUAGAGACAGCAAACUCUGGCUCCUGUCCCCCUUUCCUGGUCCUCGGAGCUGAGCUGACAUGGAGGUCUCCUCCUCUGUGACCUCCCUCCUCCACUGAGCUCCCCUCAACCCCUGGCGGCCCUCCAUCGCCAUCUUCUACUCUUGUGAA